AUGACCACGUACUGGCUUCUCGAUGCUGAAGGCUAUGAGCUUUCCGAUGAUGAUGACGAUCGCGAAGAGCCGGCGCUUGAUCCGGAAAUCUUCCCCAGAAAUCCGACCUUCAGGACCAUGCGUGGUUCUGGAUUCGGUCAGCGGUCCCUCGAAUGUGAUAUUUUGACCUUGCCUGUUGCUAUUUGA